AUGAAGAGGUUAAUUUUAUCAAUGAUGAUUGAUUUAGCAUUGUUUAUUAGUUUUUUAUAUCUUGGUAGAGCCAUGGAUUGUGGUGGAAAUCAGGUUUCAAACACCAUCUAUGUUGACCAACAAGGUAAAGGAAAUUUUAAAACAAUUCAAGCUGCCAUUGAUUCUAUAAAGAAUCAAAAUGAUAAAUGGAUUGUGAUUAAUAUAAGUGGUGGCAUAUACAAGGAAAAAAUUCAUAUACCUAAGGAAAAGCCAUGCAUUGUUUUAAAAGGAGUAGGGAGAGGUAGCACAGGCACGACCAUUAGUUAUGAUGAUUCAGCUCAUCAUGUUGGCACAUCCAUGAGUUCUACAUUCAUUUCAAGUCCUCCUAAUGUGAUUGUGACUAACAUUAAAUUUGAGAACACAUUUGGACCUAAUGCACCAGCAGUAGCAGCUAAUUUUUAUGGUGAUAAAUCAGCCAUAUUUGAUUCUAGUUUUAUUGGUUAUCAAGAUACAUUGCUUUUAUCACUUGGACGUUCUUACUUUAAAAAUUGUUAUAUUCAAGGGGAAAUCGACUUUAUCUGUGGUUCUGGACAAUCUUAUUUUGAGAAUUGUGUGAUGAAUGCGACACAAGGGCAAAACAUGCCUCCUGGUUUUGUGACAGCACAAAUGCGAAACUCACCAGAUGGAAAAGAAGGGUUUGUGUUUAGAGGAUGUUCUAUUGUUGGAAAUGGUCAAGUGAAUCUAGGAAGACCAUGGGGUUUUUACUCGAGAGUCAUAUAUUGGGACACAUAUUUUUCACCAGUAGUAAUUCCUAGAGGAUGGGACCCUUGGGAUAAAGGAAGCCAUGUAAAAGACCUCACAUUUGCAGAAAUUAAUUGUAAGGGACCAGGAGCUGAUACUAAGGAUCGUGUUGAUUGGGUGAAGAAACCAGAGGACAUCAAAAAAGAUGAAUAUACUUACUCAUCUUUCAUAAAUUCAGAUGGAUGGCUUAACAACCUACCUACUGUAUAA